AGCUAAUCAACCUUUCAUAAAUAUUAAUUAGCCCUAAUUUAUUAUCAUUUUAAAGCAACAAUGGGUACAUCAAGGCCUAGAAAAUUUAAAUACAAAUUGGUGUCUCACUGAAAUUAUUAUCAUUGACGAUUCUCAUUGGUAAACCUCUUUGAAGAUUAAAAAAGUCAGUGCAAAAAAUAGGCAUUUAAGUGGAAUGACGAAGCGUUAUUGUUUGGACGUUUGACACCAGGCAAAAUCCUUUUUAGUAGUAUAAGCAAACCGAGGAUUUCUCUUUCCUCCGUCCCGCUGGUCCUUGAAUCCUUUGAUAGUUUGAUAUUUUACAUUGUAUCAAAAUUAAGAAAGGUUUCAUCAACCGUCACGUCAAAACACGAAAACAAAACUCAUGGGAUCAACUGUGGUGGAAGAAGUUGAAAUAUCAGUUCCUUGGGGCCAUAUUUCGGGUAUGCUGUUUAUAUUUGAUGUCUUUACUUUCAUAAAAACAGAGAAAAAUCGCCGGAUAACAAAAUUGUUUUUAGGUAAAGCAUGGAAAAACAAAGGACUUCCUGGCAUAGCGCUUCAUGGGUUACAAGACAAUGCGGGCACUUUUGACAGGCUGAUGCCCCUUUUGAGCCCGAUGAUUUCAUGGGUCUGCAUCGAUUUCCCAGGCCACGGGAAAUCGUCUCAUAUGCCGAUGGGGCAGCCGCUUGAGUUCAUGCACCUGGUCUAUUCCGUCAAGAGAGUCGUUGAUCAUUUUAACUGGGAUAGGUUUUACUUAAUGGGCCACAGCCUUGGCGCCCAAGUGGCACUGUUUUUCUCAUCGAUUUUUCCAGAACGUAUGAUCGAGGUGGUUUUAAUUGAUGGAGCCAUACCUGUGGUUGUGGAGGAAAGUAUGUCUGCGAACCACUUGAGGAACACUUAUGAACGUUUGGAAGGAAUGGAACGCUCUCUAAAGAAUAAGACACCUCCUUCUUAUACUUAUGAAGCUGCUGUAGAUAGAUUAAUGUCUAACAGGCCGUCAAAGUUGACCAGAGAAUCUGCAGAAGCUUUGAUCAAAAGAUCCCUCAAACCUUCUGGCGAUGGGUUCAUGUUUUCUUCGGAUCAAAGGCUUAAACUGUUUUUAAGGCCUCUUAUUUCUUUAAAACAAAUGUUGAACAUUGUCGGAAGGGUUAAGUGCCGUAUUUUGUUAAUUAUUGCAAUGGACUCUUAUGCAAAUGUAAAAUCCUCUGCUAACAAACUCCUACACCAUACCAACAUCAUCAAACUUCUAAGCACUGCAACAGAUUUCAACUUUGUAUUUGUAGAGGGAAAUCAUGACAUCCAUUUAAACAAUGCUCCACUUAUUGCUGAGCAUGUUAAUAACUUUUAUAAUAUAAAAAGUUUAUUAUAGUUUUUAAUUCACCAACUGCAAGUUUUUGUUAUAGCACUUUGUUUUGUAAAAUUUUUUCUCUCACAUUGUCUGUGAUACUUUAUAGAAACUCUUACAAGGCCAUGGGUAUGAUAUGAGUUUCAAGCAGUGGGCAGCAAGCAUUGGAGUUGUAGAGUGAAAGUGCGGUCUCAGACACCACGUUGAUGUCCAUUGAAUGAACACUAUUUUUUUUGGGGGGGGGCCUUAAAACUACAAAAAUACUUAGUAAUCAUAAUUGACUGUAAUAAUGUUCAGUAUGCUUUUUAAUCUAUGGUCUUGGUUGAGAUGAAAGAGCUAGUGUCAUGAGUGGGAUUCGAACCAAUGAUGGAGUUCUUACUUCCGUAACAACUUCCUUUAGCCACUUAAUAAAUCAUCUUAGAACUUAAUAAAAUUAAAAUUAAUUAAUGUAAUUUUAUUGUUAGGAGUUAGAAAAACAAUUUUUUUCAAAGUCGUGCCUCUAACGUGUUGGGACCUUUACGACUAAGUGAUAGUGACGGAAAUCAUCCAGUGUUGUUUUGAACACCAGGAUCGUGAGCUGAGGUGGCAAAGGCUGUGACACAGUGACAAACUGUUGGGGGUGGACAGGCUCAGGCACAAUGAACGAGAGGAGAGAGACAAUAGAGAAGAAAUGAAAAAACAAGGUUUAUCUUUUUUUCUGUAUGGAAAACUGACAUUUCCCAUCCCGGAAUGUAGAUCCACAUAUGAGUAUGAGCUCAGAGGAUGGACGAUGAGGCAAGGCUCUCUGUCGAGGUCCAGUUGUUGGAAACUGGUCAUUUUUUUGUUUUCUUUCAUCAUUGACUUUGAGAAUUUGUAAACUUCUAAGCAAUAGAAAGUUUGCUUGCAAGGCCUCUGCGUAAUAUUUUGUUUUAUAAAUUAAAUAAUAAUAAGCAUUUUGUUUUGGUUCAAUUUAUAUUGUUUUGUAUUGUGAUUCUGAAUUUUGGGAAUGUAAGUUCAUGGUGUUUAUAAAGAGUUAAAUAUGGUAAACAGUCAAACUUGUAACAAGGCAUUUCUUAAACUUAGGGGAACUGUCUUCGAUUUUGGGCUAGAAAGUUUGUUGUUCGAGCAUGUGUUCACUCACCAUGCUGCUUUUUAUUUUUUUUUAUUGUAUUUUUGUUUUGUCUCUGCUUCUCUGAAGGGGUUCACUAUUUUCUCCUGAUAAAAUAGUGUAGCACCCGAUUAACGUGUUCAUUUCCUUGGAAUCCCCCCUUCACCGCUGAUCAUCAGGAAGGAAUUGUUUACCAGAAAUGUCGAGGUCCAUCAGUUUUUUCUUCCCCAUUAUUUCCAAGAGCUUUAGCGAAGUAUUCUAGCAGGGGCAGAAAAGAGGAAGUUUAAGUUGUUGGUAACUUGUUUUGUUUUUUACUUCAAUGCUUGACUCUCGUAUUGUACCUGUGGCCUUAGUUAAUUAUCACUUAAUUAUUAAUUCAUUAAUUGCAAUGUUUGCUUUAAUCGGGUAUUUUAAUAGGGAAUAGAGGUGCAUGGAAUAUGAUAGCCCUUUUAAUCUUUCUAUUUUAUUGAAUCAUACAUAAAUAAAUACAUUUUAUUACUCAGUGAAGCAACAAAUAUGUUUAAAAUAUCAACAUAAUCAUAAAUACACUUUUUAAUGAAUAAAUAAAUUUUAUUUUGAAAAACAGAUUUAUAAAUAAAUAUUUAUAAAUGAUUUGAUAAAACUUAAAAAUUAAUAUAAAAUGUAAAAAAAAAUUGUAAUUUUUUGGAGCAAAAGUAUGUUUAUCAUGCCUUAUUACCUAGGACCAGCAGUUGUUUCAUUUCUGUUUAGUUUAUUUAUUUUUAUAUCAAGCAUUAAUCAGCACUAAAUUUAUGUAAACAUUGAAAACAAAUAUUUUCCCCCUACUAUUUUAUUCUUUUCACAUGUAAUUGUAUAUACAAAGGGAUAUUUACAAUAGAGCAUUAAUGAGAAAUCUAAUGAUCUUGGAGACAAAAUAUCAAAAUAAUAAAAAAUAAAUUGUUAAUUUUGAUAUUUUUCGUUUAGAACGUUCAUAAGAUUAAAAAGCACUACUGGUACAUGUUAUCAGAGUAGCUUA